AUGCACAAGCGCAAGAGCCGCGGAACGCUGCUCGCCUCCGCCGGCCUCGCCGGCGAGCCUGCCCGAUCUCCGCCUGGCGGCAGUGCCGCGCCGGCCGCGCCUGCGUCUGCCGCCUCCCCCGCCAAGCGCCCGAGGCCGCUCCCGAUGCUGGCGGAACCGACUGCGCGGGGCGUGCCGCUGGCGGGCGGCGGAGGCGGCCGCAUGGCCAAGAACUUCAUCAACGACGCGCGCCAUCCGUUCAUCAUCGUGCAGGACAAGUCGGGCCGGUACAAGCCGCUCUUCCACGAGUUCCGCCCCAAGGACGGCUUCUCGACGGUGCCGAUGCUGAUGCACGGCCACCCCGACGACACGCCCGGCGGCCACCUCAUCAUGUCCGAGUACGACGUGCACGUGCGCAAGCAGAAGGAGAAGCGCAAGGCAGCGCGCGCGGCCUGCGGCGACGACGAACUGCCGCGCAGGGAGCAGCGGCCAGAGAGGCCGGAGCGCGGCGGGCGGCAGGGAGGCGGCGGCGGCGCCUCGUCGAGCCAGGCGGGGCAGGGGAGCGGCGUCGGAGAGCGCGAGCGGCGGCAGCGCAAGGCGCCGUCGCGCUGGGCCGCCGACCCGCUCUCUGUCCUCAACCUCGGGGGGAGGCUGUCUGAGCUUGAGCAAGCCCGCGCCAGGGGCGCCACAGCGCCUCCGCCGCCCGCCUCCGAGUCCUCGCCGGCGGCCAGUCGCUUCCCCGCCCUGGCCCCGACCCCGCUGGGGGCGGCGGCAGCAGGCUCGGCUGCGAGCGCGGGACACUCGGUGGCCAGCUUGGGCCAGGCGCUGCUCGACCGAGAGGCGCAGGAGGAGGCGGCGAAGGAGGCGGCGGCGCAGGCUGCCCACGACGAGGCGGCCAAAGAGGAGGCGCCGCCCUCUGCUCCCGCGCCCGUGCAGAGCGGCGUCGGAGAGCGCGAGCGGCGGCAGCGCAAGGCGCCGUCGCGCUGGGCCGCCGACCCGCUCUCUGUCCUCAACCUCGGGGGGAGGCUGUCUGAGCUUGAGCAAGCCCGCGCCAACGUGUGA